ACAGUUUUAAUUGGUAGAGUAUGUCAGUGGAGAUAAUAGAAGCUCAGGAGCAGCUUCAGCGGGCUAGGGACAACUUGCGCCAUGUUGAGGAGGGGAUUAAGAAAACUGCUACAUCUUCAAAUCUUAGAUUUGGAGAUAAGGAUGCGGGCAGGGGCAGACCUGGCAGGGGCAGACCUGGACGCUUAAUGGGUCGUCUUGGUGGCGUCCAGAGGUUCCGGGCAGAGAACGAUAGCAGUGUGGACAGUGAGCCCCCUCUCAAGAAAUCCCUAUCCUCCGUGGCAAGCAGGUUGGGUCCCUUGAACAUCGAGAACAAACCUGACAAUGAUAAUGACGAUGACGCUCCGACUCUGAAAUCUACGGUGACCUUGAGCCAGAUACAAGAUAGAGAUUCUGCUAGUUCUAUUGUAAAUGAUGCAAAAACUCUGAACAGGUCAAAGCGUUUGUUUGGUAGCCUUUUGAUGGGUACCUUGCGUCAGUUCAAACAAGAAAAAGAGAAAACCAAAUCAUCGGAGUCAAAGCAAGCGGAAAUGUGGGACAAGAUAAAUCAGAAGGAGGCGGAACAGGUAGCCUUGACAGCUGCGGAUAGGAGACGGUUGGAGACGGCCAAGGACGAGGUUAACCAAGAGAUUCGGCUUCUGGAGGAGAAGAUGGAACUUGCAGAGAUGAAAGUCCGGGCAAUUGAAGAACGGGACACCUACGCACAAUUUAUCCAAACUAAGACAACCCCUAGUAUUUACUAUCAACCCAAAGAGCAUUCGGAAAGCUCCAAAAAAGCGUUGAAGGAAUCUAAUCAACGUGUCACGAAGAUAUACGAUGCUCGUAUGGAAGGCUACAGUGACAAGAUUUCGGAGAUUGAAAGAAAACUAACCAAGCUGGGCGGAGGAGUGGAGAAGCAGUUGGGGGAACUGAGUACGGUAAAGAUUGAGAAACUGACUAGAACUGUGUCAAAUGACAGGCCUGAGAAGGAAGAUAAAAUCAACAACCCUCAGACUGGUAUUAAGGUGGAAGUCCAAUUACGGUCAAACAACGAAACGGAGAUCGUAGCGCCGUCAGAAAGUGAGCCAGAAAACAUGGAUCAAGAACAAGCAACUAAGGUGGACAGUAAAUCUCCCUCUAAAACUAAAUCACGGAGCAGAUCGCCAGUAAAAAAGAGGGAUACCAGUGACAAAGUGGAACCAGUUAAAGGUACCGAUACGAGGAGAAAAAUCAGUCCUAGAAGGACUAAAUCUAGUCCUAGAAGAGGCUUCCGUCAACCAAGAAGAAAAUCACAAUCUCCUAGGAAACGAUCUCGAUCACCACGGAAAAAAUCGCGUUCACCAAGAAAGAGAUCGCGAUCACCACCGAGAAAACCUCGAUCUCCUAGAAGGAGGUCGCGAUCACUUACCAAAAAAUCUCCCUCUCCUCAGAGAAAGUCUCGGUCUCCAAGGCACAAAAACGCCUCAACAAGAUCUCGGUCUCCCAAGAAAUCGGCUAACAAUAAAAGUUCUCCAAAAAAGUCUAGAUCUGCAAGUCCCAGAGUCCCCCACAAAGGUUCCGAAUCUAAGUCCCAAGAUCGGGACCAUUCUUCUGGUAAAACCGGUGAACACAAAUCCUCUGCAAGUUCCAAGGGUCCCGGCAAUCGAGCUAUUGCAAAGAAAUCCAGGAGUCGAUCUCGCAGUGGUAGCAGCUCUUCCAGCUCAGGAUCGUCUAGCGAUUCUGAUUAGCUCGACUUCAGGUAAGUAUACACUUUUAAUAAUCAACCAACCUCAAAUUCAUGCUGCUAAUUAUCCAUAACCUAAAAUUUUAUGACAGCCUCUUCAAAAAGGAGGAAAAGUUAUUUGACUUCGAACCAUAAGACCUGGAGUUUGGAAAGCAGAUGAUAUUUCAUUUCACUGCGAAUGGUUUGCAUCCUUAUGACGAAAGUUCACAAUUUCAUCUGGGUUUGCUAUGUAUGACAGUAUUAGACCUUUCUUCCAUAUUACGCUUAAGAAUCAUGAGUUAUGAGCAAUAUUUAUUACUAUCGUCAGAUUAUGCUUUUCGCUAUUUAUUUCAAAUCAAAUUUGUUGUGUUGUGAUGUGUGAACGUCUGAAUACUUAACUUUUAUUUUUAUUUUCAAUA